AUGAAUCCCGACCAGUCAAACUGUGAACCGAUCCCGCCGCUUGAGACGUCCGACGAGCUUGACCCAACUUGGUGGCAGGAUCCGCUGGAGGACUGGGCCUUGGGCCAAGAGAUCCAAGACCUAGGUCCUUGGAUGCUAUCGCCACUUCAGGGGGCAAGUAAUGCAAUUCGGGACGAGAGCAAGACUCUAUCUGGUCCAACUUCGACCCAUAGAAACGUCAAUGACACAUCUGGAGAGGCUGGCGUGCCCUGGAUUGACAAGUCUUAG